AUGGAGGCUGAUGCCUUGCCAGUGGAGCUGUGGCAGCUCAUCUUGUCCUACCUGAAGCUCCCUGACCUGGGCCGCUGCAGUGCAGUCUGCAGGGCCUGGCAUGAGAUCGUCCUCAGCCUCGACAAAACGCACUGGCAGCAGCUCUGCCUGGGCUACCUCAAGCACAGGCACCCCAACUGGCCCAACCACCCUGAUGUGGAGCCGUGGUCCUGGAGGGAGACCUUCAAGCAGCACUACCUGGCCUCCAAAACCUGGACCAAGAACAUGCAGGACUUGGAGUCCUCCAACUGCCUCUCCCUCUUCCGGAGGAGGAAGGGCCGGCGCCAGCUCAGCGUGGGCACGGGGGGUGAGUUCAGCAGCCUCCGUGCUGCCCUGGCUGCUGCCAGCCCCUACGACCGCCUGGUGCUGCUGCCUGGCAUGUACGAGGAGCAGAACGAGGUGCUGCUGAAUGUGCCCGUGGAGGUUGUGGGGCAGGGCAUGCUGGGGGACGUGGCACUGCUGAUGAGCAUCGACCAGCACUGCCCCACCGCCCGCCUCUGCAACAUCCUCUUCUUGCCGUCCCGGUUCACCUCGGUGCUCUACAAGACAACCGCAGGCUACGUCCAGUUCGACAACUGCGCCUUCAAGAGUGGGCAACUGCAGAUCCAUGCGCCGGGGACGUGCCAGGUGAAAUUCUGCACCUUCAACCAGUCCAGCAUCCACCUUCGCAAUGUGGCCCUCUGCAUCCUGGAGAACUGUGAGUUCACCAGCAGCGCAAAUGCCAACGUAACCAUCGAGGGCUGCCCGAGCUCAAACCACAACUGGGCCUGCAAGCACAUGGCCAUGCUGGCCAAGUCCUGCGCAGCGCCCACGGAGCCCAGCACAGCCCACUGCCCUGGGGCUGAGCAGGAUGACUUGGGGGAGUCGCUGCUGGGGCCGGUGCGAACGUGCGAGAUCAUCGUUGGGGAAGGACGAAGCAGCUUUCUCUCUGAUGCGGGUGCUCAAGUCCUGCCUGGCUCAGUCCAGGAGGACGCUGAAUUUGAAGAGAACCUGUGGGCAGCAAAGGAGGAGGAGGAGGAGUACCUGGCCCUCGACUCGAACUCUAGUGACAGUGACUUAUGCAGUGAUGAUGAAGAGGAUGCCCAGGCUGUGUUCAGGGUGCCCUGCCAAACCCACAGCCUGAGUCAGACGCUUGCUGACCUGGCGGACAGCAGGCUGCAAAGCAACAGACUGCAUGACCUCCAGAGGGACCUUAAGCUCAAGUCUCUGCAGCAGGAGCUGCAGCAGGACAAGGAAGCCCAAUCUUUGUCCAACUCUCUGCAAGGCUGCAUCAUCCGACAGUGCCUUUUCAGGGAUGGGAAGGGAGGAGUGUUCAUUUAUUCACGAGGGCAAGCAAAACUGGAAGGAAACGUCUUCAGGAACCUGACCUACGCAGUGCGCUGCAUACAGAACAGUAAGGUUGUCAUGCUGAGGAACGAGAUCCACCACUGCAAGGCAUCAGGGAUCUUCCUGCGCCUGUCAGCCGGAGGCCUGAUUGCAGACAACAACAUCCACUCCAACUGUGAGGCUGGAGUGGACAUUCGUAAGGGAGCUAACCCCCUUGUUCUGUGCAAUAAGAUACACAGUGGCCUUCGCUCAGGCAUUGUCGUUGCUGGCAACGGAAAAGGCAUCAUCCGUAGCAAUCAGAUCUAUGGGAAUAAAGAAGCUGGCAUUUAUAUUCUGUAUAAUGGAAACCCUGCUGUGAGUGGGAACCAUAUUUUCCAGGGACUGGCUGCUGGAAUAGCAGUGAAUGAAAAUGGGAGAGGCCAAAUCACAGGGAACAUCAUCUGCGAGAACCAGUGGGGAGGGGCAGACAUCCGCCACGGCGGGGACCCCAUCCUCAGGAACAACCUCAUCUCCUGCGGCUACUCGGAUGGCGUGGUGGUGGGCGAGCACGGCAUGGGCUUCAUCGAGGGAAACGCAAUUUACGGCAACAGGGGCUGCGGUGUGUGGAUGACGUCCUCCAGCCUUCCGCACGUCAGCAACAACCAGAUCAGCCAUAACAGCAUCUACGGGGUGGCCGUGUUCUGCCGCAAGGACGACAACGGUGACCAGCCCCACGGGCAGGGGCAGAGGGGCAGUGAGAACUUCCAGGAGGAGAGGGAGGGUGCCAGCUGGGAGAGCUACAGCAUCGACGAGGAGGAGUACCCCGCUGCCUGGCACUCGGUCAGCGUGGCGCUGGUGGAGUUGAACAAUAUCAGCCACAAUGGAGCUGCUGGAUUGCACGUCAAGAGCAACGAACCACUCAACAUCUUUGCCAACAUAAUUCACACCAACCACGACAGCGGGGUGGCUGUGCUGCAGAGCAGCCAGCUGACACGCAUUACCAACAACAGCAUCUCCUGCAACAGCCGUGGAGGCGUGCUGGUGGAGGCUGAGUGCCAGGUGGAGCUGCGUGGCAACGGCAUCUAUGAGAACGGCAGCCACGGCAUCAUCUCCAAGGGCGAGGGCGUCAUCGCGGAGAACGACAUCAUCAGCAACCACCGGUGUGGCCUUCAGCUGCUGCAGGCAGCCGACAUGAAGGUGAUCAAGAACAGGAUCCAGUCCUUUCGGGACUAUGGGAUUGUUCUCUUUGAUGAAGCCAAGGGCCUGGUGCAGGAAAACAUAAUUUUUCAAGGGAGAUCCAAGAAAUCCAUUUUGCGGCCACCAGCAAAUGCAGAGGACUGCAUCAUCCAAAACAAUGUGCUUCUCACCCUCAAGAAAAGGUUUGACAUGGAGUGCAUGCUGACCAACCCCCCGGCACGGCCUCAUAUCAGGGGACGCCCCCUGGAGCCCCACGCCGUGGCCGGUGCUCAGAGGGUCUCCAACAUAACGACCAGGGUGGAUGGGGGCUGCCACAACCAUGGGAGCAUCUUCUGCACUGUUCUUUGACCAGGGAGGGAGGUUCUUCACCAGUGGGUCUGCCUGUCUUUUCUCCAGAGCUCUCGCAGCUCAGGGACAGGGACCCCCACUGGACUGUACUCCCUUUCCAUUAAGGAUUUUGCAACUUCAGUGGCACCUUGAUAAAUAAAAUAUAGCUGGGAAAACAGCUGUCAGUGUCUCCCUCUUUGCCCACUGCAAUGGCUAUGGGGUGAUUUACAAGUGAGCAGUUUCUCAGAGGAAAUGUGCUCCUGGCAGGACUGAUAUCCCUGG